UCUCCCCGGUUAGUGGCGUUUUCAGUCGCCAUAUUGGAUUUGAACAGUGAACCAGUCUGUCUUCUCGGUGGAAAAUUCGCAAAAUUAUCAAUUUAUCCGAGAUAUUUUCGUUAUGGAUGAACAUCCUUUACAGAAUUACCGAUCUGAACCCAGUCCGAUGAAUCUUACACAGACACAAUUAUCACAAAUGAGACCCGAUGCACAUCAACAGAUACACAAUUUAACCUAUGGACAAGAUUUGCGCGAGAACGUGGGCGCCUCGCGAGAUACACAUAAGAAAAAAGAACCAGAGGACGAAACUGAAGAAGAAGAAGAAGAAGAAGAAGAAGAAGAAGAAGAUGAUACUGGAAAGGAAACUGGAAGCGAACAAGAUGAAAAGGUCUGCAACGACGAAGAAAAGGAGAACUUUAAAGGAAAAAUAUUUGAACUGGCAGAGACAUCUUUGUUCUGGAAUGUAAAACUUUUAUGCUCAGAUGGCAUACUGUAUCAAAAUAAGCUGACCGUCGGUCUGGUUUUUUCUUGUUUAAAAUCAGCUGAUAUAUUUACCUUGCAGGCGGAGCCUGAACUAAUUAUGUCAGAAUUUACAAAAGCAGAAGUCCAAUUUUUGAUCCAGGAGGAGUUUAAGAAGAUGUACUUGCUACAGAAAGAGAAAGAGGAGAAGGCAGCGAAGGAAGAGAAAGAGAAGGAGGAGGAAGAAGAGGAAGAUCUUGAAGAUCUUGAAGAUCUUGAAGAACUUGAAGAACUGGAAGAUCUUGAUUAUGAGGAGAGGCCAAGAAUAAGGGAAAGGAAGAAAAGAGGGCGUCCUAAGGGGUCUUCCAAUAGGAAAAAAAUUAAAAUGGAACCUGAUAACUGGAAAGGGGAUUUAGACGAUUUUCCCGAUUAUGAUGACAGUAACGAUUUAGACUGUGACCUGAAAGUUAAAGAUGAAGAGCAGACGGGAACAACCAGAUCACAGAAUUUCAAAUUUCCAAUAAACUUUGAUAUCAAGUUAGCCAAUGAGAAGUUUAAUAAAUUAUUGGACGAAGUUAGACAAAACUCAGAAAAGCUUUCCUCUACAAGAGACAAAAAAGACAGGUGGAAAUGUUCACUCUGCGGUCUAGUUUGUUCAAAUCUUGCUGUUCAUAUUGGUAGGAAUCAUGCUGAACAGGACUUUUCGUGCUCACAGUGUGAUGUUAGAGUUGGGUCCGAGUAUUUACUAAAACUUCAUGAAAAAACUCACAUGUACGAGGCUAAGCCCUGCAGAAUCUGCGGUAAAAACGUGAAAGAUAUGAAGAAUCAUAUGAUACAACUUCAUCAAGGGGAGAGCAAAAACAAGAUACAGUGUUCUCAGUGCCCGAAGGUGUAUGUUAAAAAUGCUGAAUUCCAGAGACAUUUUAAUUCCGCCCAUCUGGGAAUUAAAGGACAGUGCCCCAUUUGUCACAAAGAGCUCCUGCCAAACAAAAUAACCAGUCAUAUUAAGAUGGUCCAUGAGAAAGUAAAAAAUCAUUUCUGCAGCAGUUGCGGGAAAGGGUUCUAUGACAAGCGGGAUAUGGAACUUCACAUACAGAGAAUACAUUUAGGAACCAAGGAGCUGUGUAUUGAGUGUGGGAAAGAGUUAAGCGCUGGACAACUGAAAAACCAUAUCAAGAAAUGUCACAGCGGUGAAAAUCUCAAGGUGAUUUGUCCAGUGUGCGGUAAGAAAGUUGGCUAUUUGGACGAACACAUGAGAUCUGUUCAUAAAAAGGAGAAAAACCACCAGUGCCCACUGUGCCCUCUGAAGUGUUACAAACGAAACACGCUCAAGCGCCAUCUUGAAUGGCACGAGAAAGGAAAACUGACUGUAAACGGUACACCGAAAAAACCGCGGAUUUUGAAGAGGGACAAAAAGGAUUCGCCGCCUGAGCGAGAGGAACAACAGCCUCAGAUAUCUGGUAUCCAUUCUGGACAGAUAGUGAUGAGUGAGCCUCCCCUUGGUUUCCCUCCUGCACCCCCCUCAUUUACUGAUCAUGCCAGUAUUAUGAACCUUGCUAACUUCUACAGGGGCCAUUCAAUGUAGGUCUUUGAUGUAUUGCACUUGCAGAAGCGCACAAAUAUGAAAAUAUAUUGUGCACAGACGACAUUAUCCAGCUGACAGUGAAUAGUGAAUUUGUCGAUUAUUGACAAAAAUUCCUCCUGAUAUAGUUGACAAAUCAUUGGAAAGAUUUUGUUGUAUUUUAUAAUGUUAUUUGAUAAAGACAGUACAGUACCUCAUUGAGUCGGUUUAUUACGAGAGUAUUGACUGUAGGGCUGGGCGUCGUUCCUGGGUAAUUAUCGUUAUUUCACGGGAACGAACGGAACGGAACUAACUAUCAUAAAAAAGCAGGAAUCCUGGGGAAAAAUCAUUCUUUUACGUGAACGAAUUGACCGGAACUAACGAUUAUCAAAAAGGAGGAAACGCCCAACCCGUUCCUGGGGAAGGAUCAUUCUUUUACGGGAAAGGACGGAAAGUGACGAACGAU